GAGCAGAUAAGUUUAAAUAUAAAACGAUCCUUGGUCGUACUGCUGUGUCUAGUGUAUAGAGAUGGCUGUGUUUGGAAUUUUAGCGGUUUUGGGGCUUUUUCUGAGCGCUGUAAAUGCAUCUUCGCUUGGAGCUGUAUACACAGAAGGAGGGUUGGUUGAGGGAACGAAUAAGAACCUUGGACUCUUCCGCUCUAUGGACGUCUUUAAGGGGAUCCCAUUCGCCGCACAGCCCGUCCGAUUCCAGAAACCGACUCCUCACCCUGGCUGGAGUGGCGUUUUGAAAGCCAAUGACUUUCCUAAGAGGUGCCUGCAACUGAACCUACUUCAGAGUGGAACCCGUGGCAGCGAGGACUGCCUUUACCUCAACAUCUGGGUCCCACAAGGCCGUAAAAUUUCUACUGGCCUUCCUGUCAUGGUGUACCUCUUCGGUGGUGGUUAUCUGGUCGGUGGCUCUUCGGGUGCUAACUUCUUGGAUAACUACCUGUACAGUGGAGAGGAGAUUGCUGACCGGGGAAAUGUCAUUGUGGUGACUGUGAACUAUCGUGUCGGGGCGCUUGGAUUUCUCAGUACUGGAGAUUCGGAGUUGCCUGGAAACUAUGGUCUCUGGGAUCAACAUGCUGCUAUCGCAUGGGUGCACAGGAAUAUCAAGGCUUUCGGAGGAGAUCCAAACAACAUCACUAUCUUUGGAGAGUCUGCCGGAGCGGCCAGUGUGAGCUUUCAGAUGCUGACCCCACACAACAAAGGUUUGAUUCGCAGAGCUAUUUCCCAGAGUGGCGUUGCUCUAUGUCCUUGGGCUGUUAACCGAAAUCCUAGAGCCUUUGCUGAAGAGGUUGCUAAGAAAGUGGGCUGCCCCACUGAUCAGAGCAUGGCAGCCUGCCUGAAGAUGACUGACCCUGUCGAGCUAACUGCCGCUGGUACCCUUAACCUGAAAGGAUCUGCAACAGACCCCAUUGUGAAGAACCUGGUGCUCGCCCCUGUGAUUGACGGCGAUUUCCUCCCCGAUGACCCCAACACCCUGUUCAGUAAUGCAGCUGACGUCGACUACAUCGCCGGAGUUAAUAACAUGGACGGCCACUUUUUCACAGGCUUUGAUGUUCCUUCUGUCAACCAGCCUCUCCAGCCUACGCCUGUUGAAGAUGUCCAAGCUCUCCUGACUGCUCUGACUAGUGAUAAAGGCCCGGAAGCUUCGGCAGCAGCUUAUAGCCAGUACACUGCUAGCUGGGGAAGCAAGCCUGGCAAGGACGACAUCAAAAAGACAAUCAUAGACAUCGAGACUGACUACACCUUCCUAGUGCCAACGCAGACCUCUCUGUAUCUACAUGCCAAACAUGCCAAGACGGGUCGUACAUAUUCGUACAUGUUUUCCGAGCCCAGCCGCCUGCCUGGCUAUCCCAGCUGGAUGGGAGCUGAUCAUGCUGAUGAUUUGCAGUAUGUGUUUGGAAAGCCUUUCACCACUCCUCUGGCCUACCUGCCCAAACAUCGCAGAGUCGCCAGUUAUAUGAUCGCUUACUGGACCAACUUUGCCAAGACUGGUGACCCCAACAUAGGUGAAUCGGAAGUACCUGUAGCCUGGCCCAAGCUGACUGAUGGCCACCAGUUUGUGGAAAUCAAUCACGACACGGGUAAGAACUCUAUCAAGCAGAAAAUGAGAGCUCGCUUCGUCUACUUCUGGAGCACCACCUACACCAGUUUUCCCAACGUCAACUGAAAGCCUCGACAGAUCUGUCUCUAGUUAUCUCUGUCAUGAAACAUCACGCAGUCACACUAACAGUUAAAUGUAUUCAAUAAACCAAACUGUCUGCA